UGAUCCUGGAUGGUGUGAACCCAGAAAAGGAUAGAAUGAUGGAAACAACUUAAAUGCAGAGGAUGUUGCAACCCUUAAGUUGGCAUAUCUCACAACAAAAAACAUGGGUUACUCAUGUUUUUGUAACCAAAGGAGCGGGCUAUGCUGGUUCUCACGCUACACUACGCCUUCUUAAGGACUCUAAUCGUGUAACCACAGUGGAUAAUCGAUCUUGUGGAAACAUAGGCGCUGUUAAAGUUAUUCAAGACAUGUUUCCUAAACCUGGGAAACUCAAUUCAUUUAUGCUGUUCUAGGAGAUGAAAAGUUGUAUCCUACUAAGCAUAAAAAAUAAAUUUUCUUGACAUAAUUUUUUUUGAGCA